AUUUCCUGGGCGGGGAGUCCUGGGGCCUAGGGGGCAGGCCUGUCAUUAAAUGGCAACCCUUUUAGCUGAUGCUCAUUCCUGGACACCUGCCUGGAUGAGGCAAGGAGAAAGGCACCAUGAGCAAAAUCAGCGAAACUGUGCAGAGAGCCCGGACGGCCUUCAACUCAGGCAAGACCCGCCCCCUGCAGUUCCGCGUCCAGCAGCUGGAGGCGUUGCGGCGCUUGAUCACCGAGCGCGAGAAAGACAUCGCAGCUGCGCUGUGCGCUGACCUCCACAAGAAUGAGUGGAACUCCCACUAUGAGGAGGUGGAGUAUGUCAAGGAAGAGAUUGACUACAUGAUAGAGAAGUUGCCUGAGUGGAUGGAGGAUGAACCAGUGGAGAAGACCUCCCGGACCCAGCAGGAUGAGUCCUUUAUCCACUCGGAGCCCCUUGGCGUGGCCCUCAUCAUUGGCACCUGGAACUACCCCUUCAACCUCACCAUCCAGCCCAUGGUGGGCGCCAUUGCUGCAGGUAAUGCUGUGGUGCUCAAGCCCUCAGAGCUGAGUGAGAACAUGGCACAGCUGCUGGUCACCAUCAUCCCUCAGUACCUGGACAAGGAUCUGUAUCCCGUGAUCAAUGGCGGGGUCCCAGAGACAACAGAGCUGCUAAAGGAGAGGUUUGACCACAUCCUGUACACAGGCAGCACGGGUGUGGGCAAGGUGAUUAUGACGGCUGCCGCCAAGCACCUGACACCCGUCACCCUGGAGCUGGGAGGCAAGAGCCCCUGCUAUGUGGAUAAGGACUGUGACCUAGACACUGCUUGCAGGCGCAUCGCCUGGGGGAAGUUCAUGAAUAGUGGUCAGACCUGUGUGGCCCCCGAUUACAUCCUCUGUGAGCCCUCCAUCCAGGGCCAGGUGGUGGAGAAGCUCAAGAAGUCCCUGAAAGAAUUCUAUGGGGAUGACCCCCAGAAGUCUCAUGAUUAUGGAAGGAUCAUUAGCCCUCGGCACUUCCAGAGAGUGAUGGGCCUGAUCAAGGGCCAGAACAUUGCCCACGGGGGCACUGGGGAUGAAGCUGAGCGCUAUGUAGCCCCCACCAUCCUGAUGGAUGUGGACCCGCAGUCCCAGGUGAUGCAGGAGGAGAUCUUUGGACCAGUACUGCCCAUCGUGUGUGUGUGUGGCCUGGAGGAGGCCAUCAGCUUCAUCAACCAGCGUGAGAAGCCACUGGCGCUCUACGUCUUCUCCUCCAAUGAUAAGGUGAUUAAGAAGAUGAUCUCAGAGACAUCCAGUGGAGGGGUAACUGCCAACGAUGUGAUUGUUCACAUCACCGUGCACUCCUUGCCCUUCGGGGGUGUGGGGCACAGUGGCAUGGGCGCCUACCAUGGCAAGAAGAGCUUCGAGACCUUCUCCCACCGCCGCUCCUGCCUGGUGAGACCCUUGACCAAUGAUGGCGCCCUCAAGGCCAGGUAUCCACCCAGUGCCACCAAGCCUACCUACUGCUGAGGGCCUGGCCUGGCCCACCCCAGCCCCUGGAAGAACUACUCCCCACCUCCUUCCUGCUCUCUUCCAGUGGUUCUCAGGUGAUAGCCCUUCACAUGAUUCUAGCCCCAGUGCCAAAUACAAUAAAAUUCUCCAACUGGA